AUGCAGCUCCCAGUCCUCCAGCUCCUCUCUCUCACCAACGGUGUCCAACUGGGCUACCGGUCGGCGCCGGCGGUGCCAAAGUCGGACCUGCCGACCUUGGUCCUCCUGCACCCGUUCAUCACCGACAGCUCCUUCUUUGAGCCGCAAUUCACGGAUCCCCAGCUUGCGGACCAGAAAUGGAACAUGAUUGCCGUUGAUAUCCACGGACAUGGAAAUACCACCGGAAGAGACGAGUUCACCUACUGGGACACCGCUACGGACGUUGGCCUGCUUCUUGACCACUUCGACAUCCCCAAAGCGACCUUCUGCGGCACCUCCCAGGGCGGCUUCAUCGCGACGCGGCUCGCACUGCAGCGCCCGCGCCUCGUGAACCGGAUCGUCUACGCGGGGUCUUCGAUCCUGGUCGAGACAGCGGAGAGCAAAGCGUCGAUCACCUACCUAACCACGGACUUCCCGUACAUCGAAGAGAACCUCGCACUCGUGAACAAGGCAGGCUUCGGCGUCGACAUCAACUCGCCGGACGCAACGCAGCGCGAGAUCGAUGCUGGCAACCACUGGAUCGCGACGUGGAAGGAACGCUACGGAGGCUCCCCCGAGAAUGAGGCCCGCAUGGUAAAGGUCACGAAUCAGCUGCUCGAGAGAGACGAUAUCGUCCCUCGCGUUGGAGAGCUCGACGUCAAGAUCGAUGUUAUGCACGGCGAACUGGACGAGAUCUACACGGUCGACGUGCACGCGAACGGCACCAGGGCGGUCCUGGAGGCGAACGACCUGCUGGGGUCGUUCGAGAUUGUGCCUGGAGGUGCGCACUACCUUUCGUGGGGAAAGUGGGAGCGCGUCAAUGCCAAGCUCGUCGAGAUCAUGAAGCUCAAGAAUAAGCGGGGUGAGCAUCAUCAUAGGGAUUAG